AUGACUGAAAGUCUUCAGAAAAAGCACGCAAGGCUCGUACUACUGCUUUCUACUCAGGGAUUGAAUGCAGUCUCGAAAGAUGAUGAGAAGGAGCACAAAGAAGAAAAACAUAUGCCUAGUGUUGAAACAAAACCAGAUCAAGUUAAAGAAAUUGAAAUUGAACCACUUAGGAUUAUAGAUAACGUAAACGACAAUGUGUAUGUAAUGCCUGAUCGUAUUGCAGCAAGGACUGACCACAACAGGAUAAUCAAUGCAUCAACUAAAAAUAAACCAUCUAAUCCAACCUACAAUGGUAGUAGUAGUGUAUCGCAACAGAGAAGCGUGUGUCGCCAGAAUAUCCAGCAACCUGCUGUUAUCAAAAAGCCUAAACGCAUGCCUGUCUACAGCAAAAUUGUUCAAAAAGAAAAGGUACCAGCAAAGAAAAUCAACAACAGAAAAGUUUCGCCCUCUACAAAACAUCGCCCGAUGAAAUGUAUAUCCAAUGAGGAUAGAGAGCAAAUUGUGGCAAAGUAUGAGAGUGGUUGGAAGUUGAAAACAAUCAGUGAUAUUCUAAAUAUUCCGAAGCAGACGGUGGAAAACGUUGUGUAUAAAUACAAAAGAACAGGCAAUGCAGCAGCUUCCAGUCGUGAUAAAGAAUCCCCUUUUCCGGUCGAUGUACUGUUAAGUAUCCGUUUAUGGAUGUAUGAUGAUUGCAAUGUUUCCUUAACGCAGCUAGUGGAAAAGGUAUGGUCAACAUACCAAAUACGCGUAAGCAACGAUUCGAUCAUGCGUACACUCAUUGGAUUUAAUUACUUUUUUAAUCGUGUUCAAACUAUUCCAAAACAUAAGAAUGUAAACUCUACGCAAGAGCAGAUGAAAGAAUAUGCUACGAGCUUUACCACUGUGCGGCAAAACGUUUCCAAGUUGGGAAUAAUUUUUUUGGACUACGUAGCACUGAACGCAACGUUUAAAGUAGACACAAAGCUUAGAAUACAGCAUAAAACCUUUUUUGUCCUUUGCGCCAUGAACGAAUCGGGCAUGUUGCACUACCUCACACAGAAUACGCACGUUAAUAUGGAUACUGUGACAGAAUUUGUGUACGAGAUGAAGAACAAGCUCAGGGAAUUAAACGUUGAAGAGUCGGUAGUUGUGAUUGGCAGUACGGCCAACCAACGGUAUGCAAAACUGCAGGAUGCAAUAGGUUAUUAUAAAUGUAACGCUACGUUUUUGCCUUCGAAUGCUGCCUAUCUGAAUCCGGUAGAAUAUCUGAGUAAAAACUUAAAGCGUAUUACAGGGAGAGCGAAUCCUCGAACUAUAGAAGAAGUCAUGAAAGCCGUAGAAAGUAUACCUUCUUUACUAAAGAAAAAUGAUUACAAAAAUUGGUUCGAGCUUAUGCGGAGCUAUGUUGCACGUUAUAUGGAAGGAGAGAUAAUCGAUAGUUUCGAUGUGCAAGAUUAA